UGCUGUCAGGGGCAAUUAGGUAACACCUCGUCAGAGGAGGGAGCAGAGGAAGUGCAUGGCAGAGGAUCUUAUGCAUCAACAGUCUUUGCAUCCACAGCCAUCAGCUCUUGCCCACGAGCUGCGUGCUGGUGCUGGCAGAAGCAAAAGAGCUCUGGCAGACCAGGAAACAUUGGGAGAAGGCAGCAUAGCACUUGCAGAGAUCUAGAGAAGACUCAGAACGUUUGUCAAGCCACCUGUUUGAUCUGGUACCAAGGAUUAUCCAAGUAACCAGAGGGAUCUGAGAGAGGCACGUGCCCGCUGCACACAGCCCAGUGAUGAGUGAGACCCCAGCCGCCAACCUCAACACUACAGAUGCUCCAACCGGUCCCACCACACCACGCAAGGGGCCUCCCAAGUUCAAGCAGAGGCAGACAAGGCAGUUCAAGAGCAAGCCCCCCAAAAAAGGAGUAAGAGGGUUUGGAGAUGACAUCCCAGGCAUGGAGGGGCUGGGCACAGAUAUCACCGUGAUUUGCCCAUGGGAAGCUUUCAGCCAUCUGGAAUUGCACGAGCUGGCCCAGUUUGGGAUCAUCUAAGGCAUCAGCAUCUCUACUGGUGUCACCUGGUGACUCCACAGAUCCCAGCAUGGUCUUUACCACCUUUGACACUUACUUUUGGCCCUUGCUUCCUCUUGCUUAUGGGCAGGGUGGUUUUGUAAGAGCUAGUUAAGAGAAACUUAACUUUGCAGAUUAAUUUGGCAAAGAAGUUAUUUGGGACCCUGAGCAGACCUCAUGUUCCAUGUGAUGAAACUACUGAAAAAUGUCUUAAUGUCUCCCUGCACCAUAUUCUUUCUUCUCUCACUGUCAUAGAUCUUCAAUGUUUAUGGCGAUACGGGGAGGCUGUAUUUGAACUUUUUCCCUGAUUAGCUGAGAUAUUGUGUGCAUGUAUGUCCAGACCUAAUUAAAUCAGCCUAUUCUGUUUUCUUCCUUCCCUCCUUUCCUCCACCUUUCUAUAUAGAAUUUCCGUGGGUAGGUCCCUGUGUUAUUUGGGCCACCAGUUAUUUGCUCAGAGUACAUCUGUAGAGAGCAGCAUUAGAGUCUCCAGACAUUAGGUUGUUUUCCAUAGGAGAUCUUUCCCCAGCAGCUCACCAUAAGGAACGUGCUGCUAAGAUUUACCUCAACAGCAAAUGGGGAAAAGGGCUUGCAAAUGCUGUCUCUGCUGUACUGCCCACAGGCUAUGAACUAUGAGAGUCUGGCUGUUCUCAUGAUGUUAAAUGAAAAUGUGUGCAUUGAGAUCAAUAGCUAAGUGAAUUAAUCCUAUUAUUCAUUCCUUUGUGGUUGCAGUUCCAAAGAAGCAGCCCUCCAAAUGAUGCUGCAUUUCCUCUCCUUUGAUGGGAAGCCCUGUGUGACACUUGUCCCCAUGCCAAUACAUAUUUACAUGAGACAUUUGCUCCCCAGGACAUGCUUGCUGCUUAUUAAGACAGAGAAUCCUUAUGAUCUGUCACCAGACUGUGCCAGCAGUCCUGCCACAUGCAGCAGAAAAUGAUAUUGCAGUAAUUGCUCCCUCUUCCCUGUAUUUAGCAUAGGACAAGACUCCCUUCACCCUGCCCCUCAUAAGUAGGAAGGCUUUUCUCUCUUCACUCCCUGGCAAUUUCAAGCUCUGGAGCUUGUUUGGACAAGCAGGCAAAUGGUGUCUCCAGAGAGAAGUAACAGCAGAGCAAGCGGGGAGGCAGGGGAAGGGCAGGAUGUGUACAUGCAGGCAAGCACAGAGCGAAUCCACUUAACCCCAUCGAUCCGUGUCUGCUGGUCUCUGGCAGCCCGAGUGCUGCCAAGUGGUGAGGCACCCACAACCACCUAAAUGUUCAGGGAAGGCACCGAGAUUCCCUGGCAUUAAGGAAGGGCUUUUGGCUUGUUUGCAGACAAGGAGCAAGUUUAUUGUAGCUACAUAAUAUUCAUAAGAGGAGGUGGAAUUUUUAGUCAUUGCUUUUAGCUUAAGAAGCCUCAUUGCAUAAGAACUGCCUUCCCCUAUCUUAUCUUUCCUAGGCUGAGCAUGUUCAUGGGAGCAAGGAGUGAUUGUGCAGAGGAGAGCAAAUCCUGUCUAAACAAUUGAUCCCCACGCAUAAAGCAUUGCUAUAAAUCCAUGGUGGUGCCAUAGUUAUCUGCUACUGUUAUUCCAGAAAUAAAAGCUCGCAGUUUUCAGUUAAAAUACAGCUUGGGCACCAAAAGCUAAAGGAAAUUAAUUCCUGUUGGCAGUCCCGAGUACAGCUUUUAGUAUUCAGCACUCCUGCCAUUAGACGCAGCAGUAAGCCAUGGAGUGGUUCAGAGCAGCAGCACUAUCACAGCGCAGAAGUCGUGUACCAUUUAGCUAAUUGCAGCCCACAGCUAUUUCCUUGGGCAGAGGCACUCUGUCCUUUCCACUUACUUCCAGCUUCUCCUGCCUUUCUCACCUUUUAAUGCUUUUCUUCUUUCCCUAAGUGUUCUUUAUAUAAAUGAUGUUUUGUUUAGCUUUUACUAUAGGGAACUGAUUUCUCUUUUUUUUCAAGCUCACAUACUAGCCCUCUCGUUUUGCAGUUAAAUGUGAAUGUUUGUAUGGCAAUACUCUCAUGCUCUCCCUCCCAUUAUGCCACCCUGUUACAUAUGAUCCUUAUUCCACCUUCUCAAUCUGUCCUCUUCUCUCCGGGAAAAGACCCAUUAGAUCCAGUUUUGAAUCCUUCAAGCUGGCUGCCUCUAUUUUAAUUGAGUUUUCCCUUUGUCAAGUGCGACAAAAACAAGAGAAGGAAAUUUAAAUUCAUCAUUUUGCUCCCUUUUCGUCCCAGACCUUGGGAAAGCAGUCCACAGACAAUGAGAUACUUUGUCAGAAAAUGCUGGGGUAAAAGCAAACUUCUCCAUAGUCCAGGGACUGAAGUUUAAGCAAAUCAGAAGGUUCCUGGUGUAGUUCCCCAUCUGAUUGCCAUAGCCCAAGUUCCCAUCAGAGAGCUUCCCCAUUUUCCUUCCUAGAGGAGUCCAGCAGGAAUGCACACAUAACCCAGCUCUCAUACCUGGCUGAUGAGCUGUAUCAGAAGAUGGAUGUUUUGAGCCAACACAGUUUGUUAGCUAUUUUAAAAAUAACUAUUUCUAUUCAUUAAUAGGAAUCACAUUCAUUCCUUUACUUGUAAGGAAUUUUGAGGCUUAGAACAAGAGUCUUAAAACACACUCACAGCUGUUUUGUCUGAGGUUCUGAGUUUUUUCUAAUGAGCCAUAAUUCCUGAAAUUUCCAUUUUUCAGUGAGAGAUGGCUAUGGUGCAAGAAAGCAAAUGUGUUAAAGCAGCUCAUUGAAGGACUUCAGUCUAUACGCAUUGUAAUAUGUUAUUCUCUGUUCUUUUACUAUAAAAAUAUGUCAAAAGGAAUAAAAAUUAAUAAAAAUGUUUAAAAAAUCUUAA